CACCACUAGAGUCAAAAAAAUUCACCACACUUAACUUUCCAAUAGCGAAUUCUCUCUCCUUUUGCUCCUUUUGCAAGAAAAUGGAAAAUUCAGGAGAUUUUGAGGAAAUCUUCGUGGAUUGUUCAGUUAAUGAGAUUGAGGAGAGUGAUGAGGAUGACCAGGAAGUUACCCAAGAUCCCAUCGAUGGUUUGACCGACACAGAAUGCCCGGAAAGUCGUCGAGAGGACAUUUCCGGGAAAUCCUUUCAGUGUAGUCACUGCCCAAUGGCCUUCCCUGCACACCGGAAACUAACCAAACAUAUGGCCUUCCAUGAGAUUAAGAAGAAACGCUCCAAUAGUAAAACUGGUUGCUUCCCAUCGCGGCUAAUGGGGGAAACGUGUGAGAGUUCGUGUCGCAAUAAGUGUUGGGAGAAGAUUAGCGAAGAGGAGCGUCGGAAGAACUAUGAGGCAUUCAAGGAGUGCGAAGGGGCUCAAGAGGAGUGGGCAUUCAUUAAUAGCCUGUGUGAGCUUGUCCCCAUAAAGAGUGUUCAAGUUCGUGGGCGGAAACGUCAGGGUUCCGUGAAGUACUACCUGAUGAAUGGGCAGGAGGAUUUGAUUAAAGUCUGCGCCAAAAUGUUCCUUCAGACACUGUCAAUAAGUCAUCAGCGCGUAAAGACAGCCAUGCAGAAGCGCACAGAGACAAAUGCUACGGAUAAACGUGGGAAGAUCAAUGGCUUCCGUUCGAGAUUCCUCACGGACGAGGAGAAGGCCACGAAGCAAUCGGUCAUUCAUCAUAUUGGCAGCUUCCCGCGCAUUAACCCAGAUUUCCUGCCGCGGAAUUUCAGCCAACCACCGUUGGAGGGAAGCUUGUCCGUGGCACAGAUGCAUCGAAUGUACGAGAUGAGUUUGGUGGAUUCAGAAGUGAGACCAGCAACACUGCGACAGUAUCGGGAUUACUACAAUCUCAUCUUCAAUAUUAAUGGGAAAUCCUGUCUCGGGGAAAAAACAUGCACGGAAUGCUUCACGUACGAAAUCCUCCCACCAUCUGAGAGACAAGUCAAAUUGGAGACAUAUCGUGAGCAUUUCUUCCACAAAGGCACCACUGAGGUACUCCUGAGGGAAGACACCGUCACAGCAGACGCCAAACGGAAUGUCUUUGCGGGCAUUUUAACCUUCCAACCUCUUCUCUUUGCCCCCACGUCCACAGAAGAAAUCUUCCAUCUCAAACAGAAGCUAGCUGUCUUCACCUUCACAGUAUUCGACCUUGUCUCCCAGGAAGCUUCCUGCUACAUGUGGGAUGAAACCCUGGGACGAAGGGGAGGCAAUGACGUAGCAAGCGUCCUGAUUAAAUUUGUGCGUGAAAGGAAAUUACGUGGUCAGGAUGAAUUUCUCUUUUGGAGCGACACCACCUUUGCCCGUGAUGAGGAUCACAUUGUCUUUGUCAUCUACUCGUGGCUCUCCAAGCACUUGGGGGUGUCAAUAACGCACAGAUUCCUCGAACGUGGGCACACAUCAACAAAUGCCGACUACAUCCGCGUAGCCAUGGAGAAGGUGAAGAAGGACAGGCGCAUCCACAUCCCAGCACAGUGGAAUCUAAUCAUUCAGGAUGCCUUCAAAAAUGUCUACGAAAUGAAUCUGGAGGACUUCCUUGAUUGUCGACUCCUCGAGGAUGCCCUCCUGGGGCGGAAGGAUGACGAAGGUGUGGAGAUUCGUUGGAAUGACGUGCGGCAAGUCACAGUAUCCCACAACAGCCCUGGGAUUCUCAUGUACAGAUACACAUUCCACGAUGAGGAGACAUACAAAACCCUCCGUGUGGCUACAGAAGCAAGGGAGGACACUGCAGCCGGGAUGGAGAGGAAACCAAGCAUGAGGACGCUGCUUCUUCCCCCUGCCAGGAGGACUCUGUGGCCAAUUUCGCGGGAAAAAUACAAAGAUCUGAUGUUUCUCUGUGCAGCAAACUACAUCCCAAAUAUUCAUCAUGAUUUCUACAAGAAUUUAGAAGUAGAGGAGAACCAUCUUAAGCCCAAGAAUGCUCUUGUUGAUACAGAUGAUGAGGAGAUUGUUUGAGAAUAAAAAUUAAGAGGAAGAGAAUUUAAGGAAAAAAAAAGAAA